AUGGUAUUCGGCCUGCAGGCACGGGAUGCUGCGAGCGAGGCUGCUUACAGGACAACGGUUGAACUGUGGACGCUAUAUUCAAUUGGCGUCGCUGUGACGAUUCUAAGAACAUAUGCUCGAGUGAGAGCCGUGGGCUUGCGGAAUUUGCGACUUGACGACUAUCUGAUAUGGGUCGGAGUUACGGCGCUCGCAUAUAGUGUGGGCAAUGUGGCCCAGGGACUCGCGAAUAACAGCAUGACUACAGCGCAACGGGCUACGCUGUCUUCCAGCAGUCCAGAAUAUCACGCCAGGGUAAUAGGCUCCAAGAUUCAAAUCGCAGGCUGGACCACGUAUACGGCGCUGAUCAAUUUCCUCAAACUGUCUAUGUUGGCAUUCUAUGUUCGCCUUAUGGAGGGACUAGGUCGUCGGUAUCAAAUUCCCAUCUAUGUUGGGUUCUUGUUCGUGAUCACGAGCUUCCUCGCGAGUAUCGUUACGAUUUUUGCGACAUGCAGGCCAUUCCACAAAAAUUGGCAAAUCAACCCAAACCCCGGCAAUGUGUGCCAGCCAGCCAUUGCCAAACCGGUCAUUGCCGUCACCUUCGCUGCAAACCUCCUCACCGACCCGUACCUUAUUUUCAUUCCAAUUCCCAUGCUUUGGAAAUCCAGUCUGAAGCUUCUCAAAAAGAUUGCAACGACCAUCGUCCUCAGUGCUGGCGUCUUUGUUCUUGUCUGCGCAACGCUCAAGAGUGUUUUCUUGCUAGUAGAACCCGAUGAUGGCGCACAGCUUGCCGACGAAUGGGGCACCCGAGAGACUUUCGUUGCAGUCAUCACCACCAAUCUCCCGAUGGUUUUCCAAUUGUUCAGAAUCUGGCUCACCAAGGCAUUCGGCAGCAAGUUCCAAUCAUCUCAGAAGGUAAAUUAUAAAUCGCCUUCGGGCGGUUUCCGAAGCAUCGUCGGCGGCGGCGAUUAUGCCAGUCGCAGGGGUUGCGGGCCCCCUAGUAUGGAGCCUAUUACCAUCGACAUGACGUUUACUGAGAGUGAGGAGCGGAUGAUGGAAGACGUUAAGAUGCAGAGCUUGAGGCCCUAUCCGGCACCUGCAUCUGAUACCCCCUCCUCGGGCGCAAUUGUGGUCUCCAACCAGAUUGAUAUCACGCAUGAGACUCGCAGCAGCCAUCCCAGCGACGAGGCUAUGCAAGACACUCGUGAGAUAUGGUAG